CUCAGGCAAUGCAAUAACAAUGCCAUCCAUGGAAAAAGAAAAAUGCGCAUAUCACCAUCCCUCCUCAGCUCAUAUACCUGGCUCAACAGCCUCAAAGCAUCCCAGCUGCAGCGCAUCGCCCAAGCAACGGGGAUUCAGUCCUCAGGGACAAAGGCGUCUCUCAUAGCCCGGCUGAAGGAGGAACUGCCGCAGCCAGAACCCGAGAACCGAGUUAGUACAUGCGCAAGCACAAGCCCAGGCACAAGUACAGGCGCUAUGAGUAUCCUAAGCAUCGACAUGGGGAUUCAGAAUCUCGCAUACGCGCAUCUUCUUGUCCCGCGCGAUAGCAAUAGCAAUAGCAAUAGCGGCACAGCUACCGCUGCUGCUCCGGCAGUAGUAACGCUAAACGCAUGGCGCCGGCUAGCUGUUUCCGACGCCUUACUUGACCCUGACAUUUGGUCUUCCCCAGGAAGUACGUCAAAGCAGCAACGAAACGCAAAAGUGAAAGAGAAAGAGAAACAUACAUUCUCCCCAUCCGAGUAUGCGCGCACGGCGUAUGCGCUCGUCACGGGCUUGCUGCAUGCCUACCAGCCCAGUCAUGUACUCAUUGAGCGGCAGCGGUUUCGCUCGGGGGGUGGGAGCGCGGUGCAGGAGUGGACGCUGCGGGUGGGUGUGUUUGAGGGGAUGUUGUAUGCUGUUUUGCAUGCGCUGGGACAGGCUGGGGAGGGAGGAGCAGAGGCGGGGAUGCGGCCGGUGGUGCUGGGUGUUGAGCCUAGGCGGAAGAAGAAGAAGGCUUCAGCUAGGGAAGGGAAGAAGGUCAAGAUUAAUAUGGCGGGGGAGUGGUUGCGUGCUGGGAUGGGAGGCGGGGAGGUAGGCUCGGGCUCGGGCUCAGGCUCGCCGUUUCGGCUGUCUGUCGCGGAUGAUCCUGAGCUUCGAGCUCUGGUCGAUGCGUAUCUGCGGCGGUGGGCUGGCAAAUCGAAUCCUGGGAGGUCGGUAUCGAGGACUAAGGCCGAAGGGCAAGUUGCAGCAGAGGAUGACAGGCCUGUGAUUGAACCCCCGGAUGUGCGCAAGAUGGAUGACCUGGCGGAUUGUCUGGUUCAGGGUGUGACUUGGUUGGAAUGGCAGGCUAUGAGGCAGCGGAUUUUGACAGAGGGCUCGGAUGCCGUCUUGCAGUUGGAGAGUGGAAAGCUUUGA